AUGGGCACGGUGGAUGAUGCGGGGAGGCUUCAAUUAAUUUACGACAACAUCCUUGGCUUGGCCACGGCCGGGGUGGUGACCGUCCUUCCUUCGGCCGAAGAGCUGGCGGAAGGGCUCGAGCACCUGGAUCUUCCUCCCAAAGACGAUGCCGAACUGUCGGCAUGCCUCUGGGUUCUGGAGGGCGCUCUGGGCGAGUGUCCCGCCCCGAGCUUUGAAGAGUUCCUUAUGAAAGCUACGGACCUGAGCCAUUCUCCAACUGCAUCCCUUGGGACGAAUCUGUCGUCCGACCGACCGGACUGUCUUCAGCUUGCACAAGGUGGGAGCAAAGGAUUCCCAUCUCCCCAAAGCUUCUUCUCCUCGGACGACAACGACGAGGACGAGGCUCAAGAAGAUCAAGACCGCAACAGAGCGAUGCAAACCUUGCGGUCAUCACUGCAGUCGUCGCUGCAAUCAUCACCUCCACCUGUCCAGCUCACGUUUCCAGAGAAGGGCGACAUGGUGUCUUUAUUGACAGAUGCAGUGGAGCAGAUGAGCUUGUUGCAGAGAGAGGUCAAGUCGAGCAGCGCGCUCAAGCUUUCAAGCUUCAUUCAGGACCUCCUUGCUGCUGCGCUGAAUCAGGCGCAGGAGCUGGAGCGGAACUUGGCCACAGCGGUGGAGGGACUUCGCAAGAGCAGGGAGCUGGUGCAGCAGAGCCCGGCACCUGUGUCUGCCAUGGAGUCCUUUGUUCGCGUGUCUGCGCUCAGGCUGUUGCCCCAUCGGCUUGUGGAGUUCUGGGCCUGGCAAGCUAUGGCGGCCCUGGGCGAAGCGGAAGAGCCCUACAAGAUGAGUCGGAUCCUGUACCAGGAUGCGGGUAACGGAGUCUUCGUCAUCACGCUGAAUGAUCCUGCACGGCUCAACUGCAUGAGCUUAAAUCUGGCACAGGAGGUGUCCCUAUUGCUCGAGCAUGUGAAGAGGGACGAGCGAUGCAAAGUCAUUGUGUGGACAGGUGCCGGACGAGCAUUCAGUGCGGGUGGCAACUUCACAGAUGCCAGGACGACCGUUCCGGAAGAGGUUUACGAUGGCUAUGUCCGCGCAGGCAUUGCAACCCGACUGCCGGACAUCUCCUUGUCGGGCCCCACACGGGCCAUGAUCAAGCUACCAAAGCUUUCCAUCGCAGCGGUCAAUGGAAUGGCCAUCGGCGGAGGCGUGAACCUCGCGUUGGUUUGGCAGGACUUCGUCUACGUCAGCCAGGAUGCUGUAUUUCGCUAUCCCUUCGGUGAGCUGGGGCUGACACCAGAACUGGGCUCUUCAGUGUUGCUGCCGCAGGUGGUUGGCCUUGUGCGCGCCAAGGAGCUCCUACAGCUUGGCAGAGAGUUCUCUGCAAAGGAAGCUCUAGAGAUGGGCCUGUGCACAGCAGUGGUACCUCAGGAAGAGGUGCUCGGCAAAGCAAUUGAAGCUGCGAAAAAGCUGGCCGCAAUGCCGCAGUUUGCGCUCCGGGAGUCAAAGCGCCUGCUGAACAAGGACCUGGUCGCGAGAAUUGAUAGCAUCACGGAGGAAGAGUUGAACGCUUUCAAGAAGGUCGUCGCGGAUCCUGAGACGGUGAAGGCGAUGAUGAGCCUGGCAAAGCGCACCAGCGGCAAGUCGAAACUGUGA